CGGUGUCGCGGUGCGGCUCGACGGCAUCAUUGCACGGGGGGCCGAUGUCCAGCUGGAAGAAGCGAGGGUUUGCGAAGCAGCAGUGUGCAGGGGGAACCGCGCCGUAGACACCACACCGUCAGGCAGACCGAUAGAACCAGGCGACAUCAUGAGCAAAGUGCAGGGCGGAAUGAGAUGCGUGAAAUAUCUGCUCUUCGUCUUCAACUUCAUCUUCUGGCUGUCGGGCUUGUUGGUGCUGGCUGUGGGACUCUGGCUCAGGUUUGACCCAGAAACAGUGGAGCUCUUGACAGGCGCCGGCGCCCCUGACACCUUCUUUAUAGCUGUGUACAUCCUUCUUGGCGCAGGGGGGUUGAUGAUGAUCGUCGGGUUCUUCGGUUGUUUCGGGGCCGUACGUGAGUCUCAGUGUCUUCUUGCAUCGUUCUUCGCUUGCCUUCUGAUAAUCUUUGGCGCGGAGAUUGCCGCGGGCGUCUUUGGAUUCAUAAACAAGGAGCAGAUUGUUGAGGAAGUCCAAAAGUUUUACAGUAGCUCCAUUGCUGACGCCGCCAAUUCAAACAGCACUGCAAUCGCGGUCAUUUACCACAGGACCUUGAACUGUUGUGGAGGAUCCACAUCAGACUUGUCUAAUGAGCUGUGUGCAGACACGCCCCGUGACACCCAGGACUGUCUGUCUGCAAUAACAGACUUCUUCAAUGAAAAGCUGCAUAUCAUUGGAUACAUUGGGAUUGGUAUUGCCGGUGUUAUGAUCAUAGGGAUGAUCUUCAGUAUGGUGCUGUGUUGUGCCAUCAGGAACAGCAGGGAGGUCAUAUAGAUGUCCAGACUGAUCUGGUGGGCGAGUACAAUACAUCCCACUUUUCCCAGCCAUCCACGGGCCACAUUCAACACGACACGCUGGAUCGCCAUCUUCACAACUUCUCCUCGACUCCACCAGCACUCCAACACUGAUUUGUCUCUCUGCCCUCCUCCACAACACCUGCUCCACUUCUGGCACGACUCUGUGACAUUCCCUGGUUCUAACAUCCUUUUGUUACACUGCUGCCGCCGCCGCGCUGUAGCCACGGCGCGGCACUCGAAGCCUUCUUUGACACAGGAAUGUUGUGACUGAGGAGUAUAUGCUGUAACUAUGGACACCUAUUUUAUGCAUCUGCUGUUAACAUUAUUUAUUCUGUAACCUUUGUAGCCCCUUUUUAUGUAAUUUAAAUGCCUAAUGCCAAUCAUACUUUGUGCGCUUACGUGUUUUGAGGACUAGCCUACCUUUGCGGAGUACAUUUCCAUAAUGUGCCUAUCUAGUCACACAUACAAGCCUCCAGCUACUGUACCAUUUACCUAUUCCUUGUGAUCUCUGACGACGUACAUGAAGACUGUGCUUGCUCCCUGCCACCACUCCAAAGUAUUGCUACUUUCAAGCACAAUAGAAGUGUAGACGUGAUAUCAACCCAAAGGGUUAGAAAGGUCGGAUGAUAAAUUGACGCUCUGUAAAUUUCCGAACUCGUGUAAAAGGCAAUGAGCAACAGCACGACCUGAGCUCCUCUGGAGCACGUGUGAUUUGUAACAAGUGAUCUAGUUUGCGUUUUGUGUGAAUUAUUGUGGACGCUAAUCUUGUUGGUGUGCCAAUAAGAUGUGAAUUAUAGAAUAAUAUAGCAAAUGUCAUACUGUUAAACAUAAUAAAAUAAUAUAUAUACUGGGUGCUUUCAUUGAUAUGUUUGACCGUUUUCUGUUUCCUGCCUCUGAAGUGUGAGCUUUUUUUGUAACGAGGCAGCAGACGGCAGAGGAGUGGUUUCAUGAAUGUAAAUUUUGUGGUUGGUGAGGUUCCUGAACACGUCAGCGCUCUGUGUAGGCCUACUGACAAGAAAUGGCAGCCGCGUAUAGAAUGGCAGCACAAUGCCGCGACCAGAGGGAAGCAGUGCUAGCAACUGCAGGAAACUCAAUCCCAAAUGAAACAGUUAGAUACAGACCAUGCGGUCAGAAAGGGCCCAGUAACUCAGGGUUGUUUAAACAAUAUGGCACCGGUUUGACAAGUGGAGUUUGUGUUGAUAUAUUGAAGAAGUGUCUUCUGUUAAAGGUCAAGAAUGAACCUUUAGAGGGUAAAUAUUACAUUGACUUCAGUAUCUUUAUACAAUUCUCCAACUGUAAUUUCUACAUAUUUAUUUACCGUCAUCAAAUUUUUUACAUUGUUUACUAAACAUAUAAGGCAUAAUGCUGACUGAUGGCAUGGUCCUUUGUCAUUUCUUUUCCAAUACGCAUUAAAUGUUUCGGGAUACUGCCAGCUGUGGGGGCUCCACUGUCAUUAGCUUAACUGCAGUUUAAAGUUUAAGCAAAGUGUCUGACAAAGCAACAUAAGUGUUCAUAUAUGUAAUAUGGUUCACAAUGUGUAAAUAUCAGUUAUGACCCCCUCUGUAGUUGUUUAAUAAAUAA